AUGGCUGAAUGUCCUGUUGCACACAAGAAGAGCAAUGUUGCUGGAGGUGGCACUCGCAACACCGACUGGUGGCCCAAUGCUCUGAAGCUCAAUAUCCUCCGCCAGCACACGGAUGCCACCAACCCGCAGAACAAGGAUUUUGAUUAUGCCACCGCGUUCAAGACACUCGACUACUGGGGCCUCAAGAAGGAUCUCCAUGCGCUCAUGACCGACUCCCAGGACUUCUGGCCGGCGGAUUUCGGUCAUUAUGGAGGUCUCUUCAUUCGCAUGGCGUGGCACAGCGCGGGAACCUACCGAGUCUUUGAUGGCCGUGGUGGCGGUGGCCAGGCCCAACAGCGGUUCGCGCCGCUGAACUCUUGGCCCGACAAUGUCUCCCUCGACAAGGCUCGUCGUCUGCUCUGGCCCAUCAAGCAGAAGUACGGUAACAAGAUCUCUUGGGCCGAUUUGCUGCUUUUGACUGGAAAUGUCGCCCUGGAGUCCAUGGGUCUGCAGACCUUCGGUUUCGCCGGUGGCCGUCCCGAUGUCUGGGAGGCCGAUGAGUCUGUCUACUGGGGAAGUGAGAACGUCUGGUUCACCAACGAGGCGCGUUAUGAGGCCGAGACUCCUGAAGAGAAGCCCAAGCAAAGUGAUAUUAAGACCCGCGAUCUCGAAGACCCGCUGGCCGCGGUCGUCAUGGGUUUGAUCUACGUGAACCCCGAGGGCCCUGAUGGAAACCCUGACCCUGUUGCUGCGGCUAGAGAUAUCCGCAUCACCUUCGGUCGUAUGGCCAUGAACGACGAAGAAACUGUCGCCCUGAUCGCUGGUGGCCACACCUUCGGAAAGACCCACGGCGCUGCUGGUGCCGACAACGUCGGCAAGGAACCCGAGGCCGCCGGCCUGGAGUCCCAGGGCCUGGGAUGGCACAACGCACACGGCUCUGGAGUCGGAGCCAACGCCAUCACCAGUGGUCUGGAAGUCACUUGGACUAAGACCCCUACCAAGUGGAGCAACCAGUUCCUCGAAUAUCUGUUCCAGUUCGAGUGGGAGCUCACCACCAGUCCUGCUGGAGCCAAGCAGUGGGUGGCGAAGAAUGCCGGCGACAUCAUCCCUCAUGCAUUUGACUCUAACAAGAAGCAAAAGCCUACGAUGCUGACUACUGAUCUUUCCCUGCGCUUCGAUCCCGCUUAUGAGAAGAUCUCCCGUCGCUUCCUCGAGAACCCCGGCCAGCUUGCCGACGCCUUCUCCCGUGCCUGGUUCAAGUUGCUGCACCGUGACAUGGGUCCCCGUGCCCGCUGGCUGGGCCCUGAGGUCCCCAAGGAGAUUCUCCUCUGGGAAGACUAUGUUCCCGCUCCCUCCUUUGCCCUUGUUGACAAUGGCGAUAUCAUUGCCCUGAAGAAUGAGAUUCUUGCCUCCGGCGUUGAGCCCACCAAGUUCAUCUCCACUGCCUGGGCUUCGGCCUCUACCUUCCGUGGUGGCGACAAGCGCGGUGGCGCCAACGGUGCCCACAUCCGCCUCGCUCCCCAGAAGGAUUGGGAUGUCAACAACCCCGCUCAGCUGCGCGAGGUCCUUAGCGUGCUGGAGAACAUCCAGACACGCUUCAACAAGUCUCAAAAUGGCGAGAAGCGCAUCUCCGUCGCCGAUCUGAUCGUCCUUGCCGGUUCCGCCGCUCUCGAGCGCGCCUCCGGCCUCCCUGUCCCCUUCACCCCUGGCCGCAACGAUGCGACCGAGGAUGCGACCGACGUCGAAUCCUUCAGCUGGCUCCGACCCUUCGCCGACGGAUUCCGCAACUACGGCAACUCCACCCGUCGCGUGCGCACCGAGCAGCUCCUCGUUGACAAGGCUCAGCAACUGACCCUCUCCGCCCCGGAGCUCACCGUCCUUGUCGGUGGUCUCCGCACCCUGAAUGCCAACUGGGACGGAUCCAAGCACGGUGUCUUCACCUCCCGCCCCGGCCAACUGAGCAACGACUUCUUCGUUAACCUGCUUGACAUGAACACCAUCUGGAAGCCCACUGGCGCUGACAGCGAGUACUUCGAGGGCUUCGAUCGCAAGACCGGUGCCAAGAAGUGGUCCGCGACCCGGGUGGAUCUGAUCUUCGGUCACCACGCCGAGCUCCGGGCUCUCUCUGAGCUGUACGGCAGCUCUGAUGCCCAGGACAAGUUCAAGAAGGACUUUGUCGUCGCUUGGGACAAGGUCAUGAACUUGGAUCGUUUUGAUGUCCCUUGUUUCCCUGUGACUGGUCGUCCCCGUCUGUGA